AUGGACGUCAUCCGUAAUGUCGUAAGAGCGAUGUUUCCUCCACCUCGUGUAGCGCCUGAUGGUCGCGCAGAAUGGCCCUCUCGAACACCAUAUGUUCUUGCCUCCAUGGGUGGAGCCAUGGGGUUCGGAAAUCUGCUACGUUUCCCUUCUCAAGUCUUCAACAACAACGGCAUCCAAUGGUUUAUACCAUAUUUGAUGGCCGUUGUUCUCCUCGCCAUUCCCGUGCUCAUUUUGGAGGUGGCCAUUGGCCAGGCCUACCGCAGUGGCUGUGUCAUAGCUUACAACGGCCUCGAUCGGCGCUUCACUGGUGUUGGUUUUGGGAUGGUCUGCGUUGGCUACGCUGUGGCCAUCUACUACAUCCCCAUCCUUUCCUGGGUCAUGGUGUACUUCCGCAGCUCGUUCCGUUCGGCGGAUGAUUUUCCAUGGAGAGCAAACCCACAGGAGUACUUCGCUCACGUGGUUAACCAGGUUCCCGCUAUCCCCGCAGUCUAUAACGAUGAUGGAAGUGAAGUCCUCCAGUACGCCUCGUAUCCUGGUGUGAAUCUCGAUGGAGAGCUCGUGGGCUGGGUACUCUUCUCUUGGUUCAUCGUUUGGAUCUGUCUGUACAAAGGCAUCGCGAUAACCGCCCGCGUCGUCUACAUUACCAUUGUCUUGCCCAUCAUUCUCACUAUCGUCCUUGUCGGUCGUGGUGCUUCGCUACCCAAUGCAGGUCGAGGUAUCAAACUAUACUUUGGGGAAUUCAACGCUGGUCAGCUUGCCGCUGGCAAGAUCUGGCAGGCUGCUACCAGCCAAGUCUUCUACUCUACAGGCGUUGGUUUCGGCUACUAUACCGCCUACGCUUCCUACAAUUCCAAGUUCGCCGAUGCAGUCCAGGAUGCCAUGAUGAUUUGCAGUGCGAAUGCCUUGUUCGAAUCCUUCGCCGCCUUCGCUGUUUUUGGUGUCGUUGGCUACUUGGGUUUGCAGCCUGGUGUAGGUGACCCGGUCGGAACCUAUACUCUAGGUUUCUACACUCUUCCAAGCGCUAUCCAGGAAAUGCCUGGGGCCCCAUUUUGGGCGGUCUUGUUCUUCUUGACUCUAUUCCUGCUCGGAAUCAGUUCAUCUUUCGCGCUUCUCGACGCCAUGAUCACCACCAUCUGUGAUACUCACUGGGGAAGGAAGUACAAGCACUCGACCAUCGCUACAAUCAUUACCAUCAUCUCGGCUUUGAUAUCAUUGUUCUACUCAACAGGAUUUGGCUACGAAGCCACCAACGCUGUAGACGCGUGGAUAAGUAACAUAUCUCUUAUCCUCGUCGUAUGGGCUGAGUGCGUUUGUGCUACUUCCUUCUAUCGCUUCGUCGAUGUUAUUGGUCAGGUCGGUGCGCCAUCUUUCUGGCUUUACCAGUGCACGUACAUUGGUGCCCAGAUCAUCGGCAAUGCUGUCGCCCACGGAGCAUCCGACAAAAUCGGUGCGGGUGUUGGUUUUGGUGUGUACGUGGUAGGUACGGUUAUUGCUGUUCUCAUCGCCAAAGAACCUACAGUACCCGCACCCCGAUUCUGGGGCCACAAUAAGCUCUUGAACCGUAUCUGGUGGGUCGGGCUCUAUUCGGGAAAUCAACUUGCGCGCGACCUCAACUAUGUUGUCUGUGUUGGCAAGCAAUGGCGACUGCCCAUAUUCUGGGCUCCCGUUCUACGAUACUUUGCCGCUCCUGUUCUAUCCAUUAUUUUUUGCUUCGCCUAUCCCACCUUCUACGCUUCACGGGGCGACCCCCUGCAAAUUUUUGGCUUUACGGUCGCUCAUCUCAUCGUUUUGGUCGUCCUUGUGGGUUUCAUCAUCCCUAGAAGCCUUAAUAUCUUUGUACCACCAGAACGCCGCGACGAAGGAAACAGACAGUACGCCCCGAUGACCGUGCUAGGUAAAGACGACACCAACAUUAUCGGCGGUGUUGUGCCGAGGCAGGGAAACGAAACCGGCUCGCUGCCGGCUUACGACAUCAACAAGAUGGCCAAUGGGAAGUGA